GGAGGACCGCGAGUGAACACACUCCGUCACAGCAUGCAGUAGGCGCCCUCUGUACAGGAGGCGCGUGCAGUGUGUGAUGACAGGAAGACUCCUGAAACAGACUGUGCUUUUAGCACGGCUGUGCAGAGGCAGGAAGGUUGCUGUAGUAGUGGCAGUCCCGGGAGAAGAAGUGCUGCUGGCGGCGUCUCUCAAGCACACGAAUGACCAAUUGAGAGAAGAUUACUUACCUGUUGUGGGAAUCGACCUUGUGAGCACUUGAGGCCAUUCAUUCUCUGUAUAUCCAGUUCUUACCUUCAUUAUAUUUAUGGUUCACAAGACGGUUUGGAGUGUGUAGAUGUUGUCUCUUUAAGACUUAGCCCUCCAUGGAUAUUUUGGCCCUUCCUUAUGGUAAAAUGCUGGUACUAGGGGCCAUCUCUGCUGCCUCAGCCUUCAUAGUUACCAUCUUCAUUGUGCUGGUGUGUGUGGGGUGUCACAAAAAAAGUAAAAGUAAACACAGUCAUGCCAGUAUUGGGAGUCAAAAGAAGGACAUGCGUGUUGCUUCAGCAUGCCAGUCCAAGCUGAGGUCCAUAAGUAAAUCAGACACACGCCUGCAUGAGUUGCACCGAUUGCCCUGCAGUGCAAACGGUGCCCCUAGGGAACGACCAGUCAGUAUGGACCUACUGUUGUUGCAAAGUCACCGCUCAACCACUGCCCUCUACACUUCAGCAUCUAGCGAUCAACUAACCUGUAACCUCACUGGCCCUGAGAGUGAGCAGCAUGACCAUUUUGACCCAGAGGAUGAAGGACUGUAUGAAAGGGUUGGUGUGUGCAGAGCUCCUCCUCUAUCACCGCCAUUGAAUUUAGAUCCAAACCAAGUAAUUACUGAGAACAAACAAGCAGCAGGAGGAGGAGUGGAGAGUAAGAGGCUGAAUGAGGCAGGGCAAGGAGGAGUAAUGGCUGAAUAUGCCUCUGUGAGGAAGGUGAGAAAGCUGGAGAGAGGAAAGAGGCAGGAAGAAUCAGAGGAGGAAAAUACAUCAGAGUCAUCCAGCAGCACUGUUCCCAGAAAAGCCAUGGAGCCUUUCCACAUACCCAGCUUCCCCAAGGGGGCAGUGUCCAAGGGAAAUGGAGAGGAGUACAUAUGGAAGCCUCCGGAAGAGAGCGAUCAAAGCAAUGGCCACAGCAAUGCCUGCUCCACAGAGAUCUUUGAGACAUACUCCACUGUCUGCAAACCCCUGAAGAAACAAAACCUGAAGUCAACACAACAGAUGAGUGGGCAAAUAGGUUCUGGAGAAAAGGACCCUGAGGAACCUGUAUCAGUGCCAUCAAGGGAGCACUAUUAUGCAGCAGUGGGAGAGAAAACUUGGUCUAAGUCGCUUGAUUCAGACCCGGCCUAUGCAACCAUCAACCCCAUGCAAAAACGAGAGAUGCUGUGCAGCAGCACGUUGAAGCCAAAGAAGUCGCCUUGCGGGCCUUCGAAGGGACCAGAGAGGGCCAUGACCUGUGAGAACUUUUAUGAGACCAUUGGUGAUGUGAAGCAGAGUACCAACACCACCACCAUCUUCACUUUUAAAGAUGGCAUGGAGAUGUACGUCACAGGGUUAUAGAGAUCUUGGGUACAUGUAAAUUCAGAAAUCCAAAAAUAGAACAUGAGACUGCAACAAAAGCGCAUACACACAUGGUGUAUAAAGCAGUGAUGAUUCAGGUGCAUCUGUCUAUAAUUUACCUGUGACAGGCACACACACAUGCACGCACACGCACACAUGCACGGAAAUGCACACGUGAUCCACAAGGAUUACUCCCAAUGGUUUAAAACUCAUGAACUGCAGAUUUAUUGCAAAGUUUAACCAUUACAGUGCAAAAUAUUUUGUGUGCUUUCUAAAUCUCUCCAUCUCGCACUUGCUCUGUGCUUUUCAGGGCCGCACUGACAAAAUCCCACCUAGAUAGGGCUGAAGCUCUGCCCACUCUGAUUAAUUUUUUUAUUCUGAUUAAAUCUGAUUCAAAUAUUUUUCCUCAUAUUGAACUUUAACAAUUGAGUAUUGAAUAUUUAAUUUUUAGAUUUUAUUUAAAUAUUAGAGGAACUAAUUUUUUGAGAUCAUGGAAAAAUGUUUCGCAUUUAAGUGUUCUUUACAGUAAGUUCUAUAAGUAAGAUAAGGGAAGCAAAAAUAUGUUUUCCUUUCUCGCAGUUCUAAACAUACCCAUGGCUCAAAUCCCUGAUGUGAUCCAAAUUGAGAGUUUUGCGAUUCGCUGCAAUACAAUAUAUACUUAAGAGAAUAUAUUUAUGUUGUGAACAAAGACAAAUGAACAAAGACUAAAGCGAUAUUCAUAGUCAGAUAGAAACUGAUAAAGUCAACCUUUAUAGCUCUGAAAGGCAAAGAACCAAAUCUAUCUUCUCGGCUGUGUUACAGCACCAGGCUAACACACUUCCUUGACAAGAUCUCACUAGAUCUGUCUUCACCAUUAUAUUCUUUUAAUCUCACUAUUUUGCACAAGUGAAGAAGGUUAUUUUGUUAAUUAAAGUUAUGUAUGGAUAUUUUAGAUGUUAUAGAUAGCUGUGCAUGUUUCUGUUGGUGUUUUUACCUCUCGGCAGACUUUGAAGCCAUAAAAGAAAUAAUUCUAGUAUACUGUAGCAGUUUCUGUUUCUUUUUUCAAAUGACAUGGAAUACAUCCCCUAUCCAUUGUUUGGCAGGCACAGUUUACUUUAUGGUUUUAAGUCUAUAAUGGCUGUGCAUCUAAGAAGUCCCUCAGAGAUGCCAGAUCUGGACAAUGCCCUUUGGUUUCUUUGGCCGCUGGCUGGCCAAAAAAAAGCGCUUAACACAUGAUUAGGUAAAAAUAUCACCAGCCCCAGUCACUGGUAUAUCUUGCUAGGAUGAACUAUUCCACUACUCAUCCAAGUAGCUUCUUCAGCCUGAAGGAAGUUGGUAGAAUUAUGCAACUCGCCUCUUCUCCUUGUUAAGUGGAAAAAAAAAGUAGAGGAGGGAAAGAGUUGUUAAGAAGAAUCAUAAAUAAGAGACAGAUUAGGGUGAGUGGUUAAGAUGCAAUGACCAGAGUAGAGCGUCUUUAAAUGAGGGUUUACUGGUGGACCUUUAAAGAAGUCUUUAUCUUCCUAGGGAUUGAUGAAAGCAAAGUCACCACACUUCUAGAGGGCAAUCACACCUCAACUUCCAGGCAACCCCAUCAAUUAAAAAACAAACAAACCAUCAAACAAAAAAAAACACCUAUGCUGUGUGACGCAUUAUAGUCUGGGAUUUGAACACUAUGUGUCUUAUGCAAAAACAUAACUAUUAAUCUAUUUACAGUAGAGACUUUGAGAAAAUUCUGUGUGGUUUUAAUUAAAUAAUUAGCUCAGGGAUUGAGGUCAGAUUAGUUGUAGAGCAUAUUGUCCUUUUUUUUUUUCCUCCAACCUGGGGAAUAUAAGUAUAAAUUUAAAUAUGACAGGUUAUGUCAAAUACAGUAUCUUCAACAAAUUCUACAGAUAUACUAUAUCAAGAUCAAAUCUGAUUUUUAUUUAUUUUUUUAAAAAUGAAAUGUAUGUGAUUAGUGAUUUUCAGCAUUUAAGAUUAAUAUUGGUUAAGAGUACUAGCACCACUGCCAUGCAUGUGUUUCUGUGUUCUUUGAAUGGUUGAUCUUGCAUGUGUGUGCAUUUUAUAAAACGUAAUACAUUUUCUACUUGGUACUGUACUUCUUCUAAUGGAGAAUAAAAAUGUUCUAUAAAAAUAAUGUUGUCCCAAAAUUUGUGUUUAAUUCAUGCAAUAAUGAACAGGUCAGGAAGAGGCAUAUAAUAUUGCAUUGUUUCCAGAGGUUUCCCUCUUGUUCCUCCUACUCCAAAAGCCUGAUUAAGUACAGAUCUUAUAUCGUGCAGUACAUCCUUAUGCAUUUGUUCAGGAUCGGCUUAGUGCAGUGUUUGUCUGUGUUUAGUAUGUAAUUUUU